AUGAAUAAUCAACCUCCUACAACUAGUAAGUAGAGCUUAUUAGGGGAUAAAUCUUCAAAAGAAGGCGAGAUAAUUAGGGAGGUUUGGUAAGAUAAUCUAGAGAAAGAAUUCUUGUUGAUUUAAGAUCUCGCUGAAGAAUGUCAAUUUGUCGCUUUAGAUACAGAAUUUCCAGGUGUUCUUUAUCAAACAGCUUAGACAGAAUACCUUAAAAUCAAACAGAAUGCAGAUAAUUUGAAUACAAUUUAAAUCGGCUUAACUUUUGCUAAAAGUGAUGGUACUUAUCCUUCAGCAUGUACUUUUCAAUUUAACUUUGCAUUCAAUAAAGACAAGGAUUCAUGCAAUAAGGAAGCAAUUAAGUUUUUAGAGGAAUCUGGAAUUCAGUUCAAAGACCAUGCUAGAAGGGGUAUACAACCAGCCGAUUUUGCAGAAUUAAUGUAUAGCAGUGGUUUGUUGUUUAAUGAAGAUAUUUGUUGGGUUACUUUCCAUGGUGGUUUUGAUUACUGCUAUUUCUUGAAGACUUUAAUUGAUUAAAAGUUACCUAAUACAUGCAAGGAAUUCUAUGAAUAAUAGCACCAUUACUUCCCUCUUUCAAUAGAUGUCAAACUCAUUAUAUAAGAAAUUGAUGGAUUCAAAUACCUUGGUUUAGAGAAACUCUCAAAGAGCUUAGAUCUUGAAAGAAUUGGACCUUAGCACUAGGCAGGUAGUGAUAGUUUGAUGACAAUGAAAGUUUAUUUCAAAUUAAAAGAAAGAGAAAAAAUAAACUUUGAUAGCAUUAAAAAUCAAAUUUUUGGAUUGAGCGAAUAUGAAGAUGAAAGACAAUUAAACAGCCAAUCAUAAUAAUACUACGAGUAGUAAUAAUAUUAAAGUAUUUUCAAUUAAGACUAUAUGGCAGGAUAAUACUAUUACUAGAACCUAUAAGGCCCAGUUAUGAAUGAAUUAUUUGCAAAUGAAUACUCAUAAAUGGGAGUUUAAGGAUCAAUGUUUGUAAGAAAUUAUUCAAACAAUACAUUCCCUAACAAUGAAUAGAGAGGAGGCUAACCUAGAAGAACUCCUUCUCAAAGAUGA